GACGCACCGACCGGCCGCGGGCUCCGUCCACGGCAGGGGCAGCCACAGCCAGCUCCAGCCGCGGCCUGCGUCAGCGCAGAUGGGUGGUAAGCGGUUGUUGGUGCAGUGGGAGCGGUACGAGACGGGUGUGCUGGCGCAUCUACGGCGUUUGCUGGCAGCCGAGGCAUUCGUCGACGUCACGCUUUGCUGCCAGGGCCACCGACUGCGCGCACACCGCGUGCUCCUCUCCGCCUGCAGCCCCUACCUACAGAUGCACGCUCGCACGCACACGGGAGAGAAGCCGUACCAGUGCGCCGAGUGCGGGAAGUUGUUCAGCCAGCUGCGCAACUACAAGUACCACGUGUCGGUGCACGCGGGCACGCACGAGUUCGCCGCGGCGUGCCCCGAGUGCGGCAAGGUGUUCAACAACCGCGGCUACCUCAGCACGCACAUGAAGAUCCACCGCAACCGCAAGGAGUACGCGUGCGCCGACUGCGGGCGGCGCUUCAACCAGCGGGUCGCGUACACCACGCACGUGCGCAUACACACGGGCGAGCGGCCGUACGUCUGCACGGUCUGCGACAAGGCCUUCACGCGCUCGAUACUACUCAAGCAGCACAUGCGUACACACACCGGCGAGAAGCCCUUCACCUGUGAGGUGUGUGGGAAGCAGUUCGCGGACCGCAGCAACAUGAUGCUCCAUCUACGGCUGCACUCGGGCAUCAGGCCGUACAGCUGCGGCGAGUGCGGCAAGUCGUUCACCAAGAAGCACCACCUGAAGGCGCACAUGUCCUGCCACACGGGGCUGCGGCCGCACGCCUGCGACCGCUGCGGCGCGCGCUUCAGCCAGGCCAGCAACAUGCGCACGCACCGCAGCAAGUGCACCGCGGAGCCUGCGGUCAGAGCGGCGGCCACAAGCGUCAUCAUGCGCGUGUCCGGCGAGCUGGUGCAGCACGUGCUGCAGCGCACCGAUGAUGUAGCCGCCGCCAGCGCCCGAAACGUCACCCUCGCUGGCGAUUCCGCUUCGUCUCUCGGGGCUCCAUGGGGCAUGCACACAGCGUAA